GGGAGCGCUCAAAUCCCGGCUGGGUUUGGGGCGAAAAACACCCGAUUAGGGCAAAAUUAGGGUUGUGGGAUAGCAGCGGCUGCCUGGGGAAGCAGCGGGAGUGGGAGGGCACCAGCAGGUUCUGAUAAAAGUGCGUUAUCCCACCUGACCAACACCUGAGCACCGGAGGCCAUGAAUCUGUGGCACUGGAGGCUUCUCCAGCUCGGGAACCUUUCUGACUGUCCGAACGGCUCCCGCUGGGUGAUGGAUGUGUUCAAUGAGUGUGCCCAGGACGGCUGGGACAUUGCCAGUAUCGUCCUGGGGCUGGUUUCCAUCUUCUGCUUUGCAGCCGCCUCCGUCCCGCAGUUUUACCAAGCCUGCAAAACAGGCAUCAUGGACCGGGCUCUCUCCAUGUAUUUCCUGCUGGGAUGGCUGGGCGGAGACCUCCUAAACCUCAUUGGUUCCUUUCUGGCUCAUCAGUUACCUCUGCAGGUUUACGCAGCUAUUUACUAUGUGCUCGCAGACCUGGUAAUGCUGGCUCUCUACUGCUACUACAAAGCGAAGAACCAGGGUGGAGGAUUCACUGCCCAGAUCAACGCAGCCUUCCUCUUCCUUUCCCUGGGGACACUGUCGACUGUCUCCUUCCUGGGCAGAGGUGCUGCCGUGACACAGGACCCAGUGGUGUUCAAAGGAAGGUCCCUGCUCUCCACUCAUGUGGGUGAGCUGGUGCCAAAGCCUUUCACCAAGAGCGAGAUCAUUGGCUUCAUCAUUGGCUCUGUCUCCUCUGUGCUGUACCUGUGCUCUCGAGUCCCCCAGAUCUACACAAAUUACAAGAGGAAAUCCACCAUCGGAAUGUCCUACUCCCUCUUUGCCCUGGUGAUGCUGGGGAACUUGCUCUACGGCCUCAGUGUCCUCCUGAAGAACCCUGAGCCAGGGCAAAGUGAAGGGGACUACAUCCUGCACCACCUCCCCUGGCUGGUGGGCACCCUGGGUGCCAUUUUCCUUGACAUGGUUAUCUCCUUCCAGUUCCUUGCUUAUCGGGGAGGAAAACUUGGCACCCCUGAAGAGAGGGGCGCUCUUCUCGGCGAGCAGGACAGCGUGGAGAGCUGACAGAGGGAC